AUGUUAGCAAAGAACGUUGCGGGACCGCAGGCUGGAGAUAAGAUAAACCCUUUUGAUGACCGUGUUUUACUAGUAACUACAAAAAAGUGGGUCAUAUACUUCGACAGGGCUGUUAACCUAUCCGGAUCUAGCAGGGGAGUUGUCCUUAUCUCUCCUAAUGGCCAGUACUAUCUAGCAGCCGCUAAGUUAUUGUUUCCAUGCACCAAUAACAUCGCUGAAUACAAGGCCUGCAUUCUCGAGCUACGGGCCGCAGUGGAGAUGGAUAUCCGAAGACUACAAAUUUAUGGCAAUUCCGCCCUCAUUAUCCUUCAAACAAAAGGUAAGUGGAAGACUCGUGAUCCGAAGUUUAUUCCAUAUCACGAGUUUUUGGAGGAUAUAAUCAAAGAUUUUGAUGAAAUAGCGUUUGAAUAUCUUCCCAGAACCCAGAACCAAUUUGCGGAUGCCUUGGCCACCCUCUCGUCAAUGUUCCAAGUGACUGCGAGUUCAGACAUCGAGCCAUUGAGAAUUGAAAUCUUGAAGCAUUCUACUUACUCCAUGCUAAUAGAAGAAGAGGCGGAUGGAGAGCCAUGGUAUUAA